UAAGACGCCGGCACGUGAGAAAAAAAUCAAAGCUUACUACUUAAUUACCAUGUAUAGCAAAAGAAGAAAUAGUUAUCAUUUUGGGAUGUUGUUGUUUAUUCUCAUUACUUAUCAACACUUUAAUGAAAUAGAGAGUGGAUGUACGCAUGGCCCAAAUAAUGUAAACCCGUAUAUAGCAACACUUCCUAGCGCAUCAGGGGAACAGGUGAUUUUGGCGGAUGCUGCUAUCAAUGGCGGUUGUUGUGGUUUGCUGGAUGAAGUUGAAUACUACCCACGAGAUACCGGUUACGUGCAGUUUCAGGUGUGGCGUUCCUUGUCUAUUAAUGAGUACAUGUUGGUCACAGAGUACCGGUAUUACGUACCGUCAAAGGAUACCACCUUGACACUGACCUUUCCUUUUGAGAUUUAUGUGGAAAAUGGAGAUUGCAUGGGAUGGUACACAGAGAAUACUGGGAUAAUACCUUACGACUCGGGAGCAUAUGACAAAAACAUCGUAAUGUCCAUCGGUGAUGUAGCUGUGGGAUAUAACUUAUCCCUGUCGACACCCUACACCAUAAACAGACUAUACGCCAUCAACUUUUCAGUAAAUAACGGAAACAAACCUGACUUCACGAAUAUUCCCGGAUCAAUAGAUGUGUAUGACGACACACCCAUUGGUGUGACAUUGUACACAGUUUCCUACACAGAUGCUGACGUCGAGGACGUAUCCACUCUGGCUUUAGUCUUACAAAGUAUCCUUCCAUCAUCAGCAAACGUUGCGUUUGACAAAACUACUGGGGAAAUCACUACUACAGGGGCACUGACCUUUGGUACCAUCAGUGUGAGAGUGCGAGUCGAGGAUCGCUGCAACUUCGGCAAUACACAGACUCUCACUAUCAACGUUCUUAACUAUCCACCAGUGAUCGGUAACUUACCUGCAUCAUGUGACCUUUCUGAAAUAGUAACCAUAGAAACAUUUCUAUAUGAAGUUAUUGUUUCUGAUGCUUCCGGUGAUGUAGUGACAUGCGCACUCAAUGACACGUCUCCUUCUGGUGCUCCUUUUCUUCUGAAAUUCAUAUCUGGUACUACAACAUACGGUAUAUACAGCCAAUCGUCGCCUAAUCUGGAUUUCAGUACAACCUCCCUUUACACCUUAACGAUACAUUGCACCGACGGCCUGACAACAGAUGCUGAGAUAUUUACCGUGCACGUGACAGAAAACAGUCCCGCUAUUUUCUCCAAUUUACCAGCUAAUGUCACCCUUCCUCUGACGACACCACUUGGUACCCUGGUAUACACUGUAGAGGCGACAGAUCCAGAAGGAAACAGUGUGAGCUAUGCCACUAUUGGCUGCGGUUCCUGUUGGUUUAAACUGGCCAGUUCAGGAGAAGUAAUUUUAGCGACUUCACUGGUGACGAAGACUUCCGCUACUUACAAUGUAAAUAUAAGAGUGAAUGAUGGGAUCGUUGAUUCGUCCUCUGUCACUCUAACAUUCAUCUUUACGGGUAUUAAUAGCCAGCCGACUCUUGAUAAUCUCCCUCGGACACUGAACAUUCCAGAAUCAUUAGCGAUCGGAGCGGAAGUUGUAACUAUAUUGAUGACUGACCCUGACGUCACAGAUAGCCAUUCUUAUGUAUUCUCCUACAAUCCAGCAUCAGCAGCGUCUGUGUUUAACUUCGAUGCUUCAUCACGUCGAGUAACAGUAGCCUCAAUACUAGAUUACGAAUCAGGGGUCACUCAGUACACGAUUAGUUUCACAGUGGACGACGGGCACCUGUCGGACGGACCAAAGGAUCUUAUCGUUAACAUACUGGACGUCAAUGAGGCUCCUGUAUUCCAGAAAUCUAUUUAUUCGGUGAUAACAUAUGAACGUGGUAUUAACUACGUACUACCAAGUCCCGGGUUCGUAAUUACGGACGACGAUCCAGGAGACACAGUUUCGUACACGAUCACUUCCGGUAACUCUCUCGGUAGAUUUAUAAUGAACUCAACAACGGGACUUCUUACGUUUAUGGUGAAUUACGACGUUGACGAAGAUAAUAUGCCUGCAUUUGUUGACCUGAUCGUUACAGCAACAGAUUCUGGCGGUUUGACAGCAACAGUAUUACUUCAGGUUACUGUAGCCGAUAUCAAUGAUAAUUCGCCGGUCUGGGAACAGGACUCAUACGAGACAACGAUAGCUUCGGAUAUGACCGUUGGCUCGUCCGUUAUUCAAGUCAAAGCUAAGGACGCUGAUGUGCUGUACACCAAUAACAAUAUCGUCUACACAAUGUAUUCUGGAUCAACAGAGUAUUUCGGAAUCAAAGACAACGGUGAAAUUUACCUAUUAAAAAGUGUGUCAGUUUACGGGAAUUAUACGGAGCUGUAUGUGGAAAUACGUGCAACUAGCCCCGGAAGGACAGCUGAUGUUCCGGUCAAGGUCAUUGUGGUCCCCCCUACAAGUGACAAUUUCUUUGAUGAUACUGGAAAUGUUGCCUGGUUUUCUGUAUGUAUUAUCAUAGGUGUCGCUGCUGUCGUUAUGUUCAGUGUAAUGUUAUAUCGCUACUUCCGGUAUGGAUAUGUCUGUUCGAAGAAAACGACAGAAACCAGCAUUGAACACCUGAAUAUGGAGAGCAAAGACUCUUAAAGAAGUGCGAUGUCCGACAAGAAUGAAAUUACAGUGACAACCGAAUCUCUCAGGGACGAAUAGUAGUGAUCGACUCCAGUAUACACCGCACAAUGCCACCUCAGCGAAUUGCCACAUCGCUAUAACAGUCCAGCAAUGAGUCAAGUGAUUCCAUUAGAUGGAGAAAAUGCUGACAAGAAAAUCUCGUAAUGCUUAGAACAGAAACAGUGUUUGAAUAUGUAUGAAUGUUACAUAUGGUCACCUACUUUUGUUAUUCAACUACACUGGGGAGAUAUCACGAGAAUUGUUUAUGUAUUAAGCAUGAAUGCAAUUCAGGCCAUCAAAUAUUCCAAAAUAAAUAAUUUAUCUUGGUAA